UUCAAAUUUUCCACUGUGUAUUUUUUCUGGAGAAAACCUGGGAGAAAACUUGGGCAUAGAUAAGGCCAUUUCAGAAAAUAUAUUUCCAGCAGCUUGCAUUUCCAGUCCACCAGUCUGGGCUUGAGGCUGUGUCAAGAUCAUGAAGUACAUACUGUUUGUCGCCUUUGUUGGUGUGGCUGUUGCCUUCCCCAUCAAUGAUGACGAUGAUGACAAGAUUGUGGGAGGCUACACCUGUGCAAAGAACUCUGUCCCAUAUCAGGUGUCCCUGAAUUCUGGGUAUCACUUCUGUGGAGGUUCUCUCAUCAGCAGCCAGUGGGUCGUGUCAGCGGCUCACUGCUACAAGUCUUCCAUCCAAGUGAAACUUGGGGAACACAACCUGGCAGUCCAAGAUGGCAGUGAGCAGACAAGUUCAGCUAAAGUCAUCCGCCACUCUGGCUACAACUCCAACACACUGGACAACGACAUUAUGCUCAUCAAACUUUCCAAAGCAGCCACACUCAACUCCUAUGUCAAUACGGUUCCUCUUCCUAGCAGCUGUGUGGCCACUGGCACCACAUGCCUAAUCUCUGGAUGGGGCAACACACUCAGCAGCGGCUCUCUGUAUCCAGAUAACUUGCAGUGCCUGAAUGCUCCUGUACUCUCCUCAAGCCAGUGCAGCAGUGCCUACCCCGGUCAAAUUACUAAAAACAUGAUAUGUGUAGGAUACCUGAAUGGAGGAAAAGACUCCUGCCAGGGGGAUUCUGGUGGUCCAGUAGUCUGCAAUGGGCAGCUCCAAGGUAUUGUUUCCUGGGGCAUAGGAUGUGCACAGAAAGGCUAUCCUGGAGUUUACACUAAGGUUUGCAAUUACGUCUCCUGGAUCCAAUCAAUAUUUCUGCCAACUGAGGCACUGUCUGCUAUGUGACCAGCUUUUCUCAUCAUCAUUUUCUUCUGUUUUGGAAUUGGACAUGCAAAACUUAUC